AUGUCAGUACCCCGCAAGGAGGUUUUGGAUGUAGUUGACUUACUAAGCCAGACAGGUUACUUGAUAUUCAAGGUCAAAGGCAAUCCAGCCCCAGAGUUCCGCUUCUACAAAGGGGUUAGUGAGAUUUUUGAGGGAGGACGUUAUAAAGUGGUCACUGAUGGUAACACUAAUACUGUGUAUUUCUGCAUUGUUAAAGCUAAGUCAACAGAUGAGGGCCGUUACAAAGUGGUUGCAUACAACAAACUCGGAGAAGACACCGUAGGCAUGUCUCUAUUUGUCAGUGAUGAAAAUGCUGUGGACUUUAGGACAAUGCUAAAACACAAGCAGUAUUCCAAAAGGGAGUUGGAGAAAAGUGCACCUGAAUGGGGGGAGCUGAAGAAAGAUGAGGACAAAAACAGAGAUGCCAAGAAAGCUGAUACUUUCAUCAAACCUCUCAUCAACAUACAAGUGAAAGAAGGAAAGGACAAGCAGGCUCAAUUUGAAGCUGUCUUUUGUAAAUCAGGGGUGAAAGCAAAAUGGUUUAAGGGUAAACAAGAGCUUUUCUUGGGUAAAAAGUAUCACAUGAGCAGUACAGGUGAUCUCCAUGUGUUAGAAGUGAUGAAUCCAGUAGAGGAUGAUAGGGGAAAGUAUACUAUUCAGUGUUUGGAUACUUCUUGUUCUGCAUUACUUGAAGUAGAAGAAGCUGAGCCUGUGUACACAUUUGUGAAGAAACUUCCCAGUAAGGUAGAAGAACACAUCAUGAAAGAAGUAGUUCUUGAAUGUACAACAAGCAGUCAUAAGGCUCGUGUUAAGUGGUUCAAGGAGAGUCAGAGGAUUGAAUCCAGUGACAAGUUCCUCAUUGAAUCUGAUCUUCUUGGGAGGCACACCUUAAAAAUUCAGAACACCACCACAGAGGACAGUGGAGAGUACACAUGUCAAAUAAACAGUGAAGAAAGAACCUCAACAAAGGUCAAUAUUACAGAACCAAAGUUCACAUUCACGAAGCUGCUUAAUAGUGUGAAGGCUACAGAAAAAGAUACUGUAAUGUUAGAGUGUGAAGUGGAUGAAUUGGAAGCUCAGGUCACAUGGUUCAAAGGAGAAACUGAAAUCAAGAAAGAUAAAAGAAUUGACAUUACUGUGGAAGGUCAUAAGCGUUGCCUAACUAUCAAGGGAGCCAAAGUAGUGGACAAGGGAGAAUAUAUCUGUAAAACAAAUGCUGAUAAAACCACUGGAGAGCUUAUUGUUGAACCUGCCAAUAAGAUCACUAAAAAUCUCAAAGACAAGUCAGUCUUGGAAAGGGAACAAGUUAUCUUGGAAGUAGAAAUGCUGGAUACCAAAUCUCCACUUGAGUGGUUUAAAGAUGGAGAACUGGUGAAGCCUACAGACAGCAAUACACGUUAUAAAAAGGUACAAUGUAAAGAAAAUUUGUUUUUUUUGACAGGUGAAACGGCUCCUAAGAUUGAGUUGAACAAGUUUGAUUUCAUAGGUGAUUCUACAAAGCCACUAACUAUUGAAGUGCCUUUUACAAUUGCUGGUACAAGAACUUCAGAUGUCAAUGCCAAGUUUCUACGAGGUGACAAGUCAGUUUCAAACAAAGAAUGUGAUAUAUCAGUUCGGCAGGAUUUGGCUGUUUUCACGCUUAAAAAGACUUCUCGAGGCACAUCUGGGGAUUAUCAAAUCCAGAUUAGCAAUGAUCAAGGAGAAGACAAGUGUAAAAUCAAUAUUAACAUUACUGACAUUCCUCAGCCACCUGAGGGACCCCUAGAAGUCUUUGAUGUUUUCAAAGAUAGGUGCAAGUUGUUGUGGAAAUUGCCAAAGGACAUAGGUGGCCUGCCUUUAGUGCACUACAUAGUAGAACAUCAAGUUGUUGGUACAAGAAUUGGAUGGACAGAGAUUGCCACAGUAGAAGAAACAAAGCUAGAUGUCACUGAUCUUAUAGAGAAGAAAGAAUAUAAAUUCAGAGUCCGUGCUGUAAACAAAAAAGGGGCUUCCGAUCCCCUGGUGACACCCGAGGCGACUCUAGCCAAAGAUCCUUUUGAUGAACCAGGAAAACCAGAAAAUUUGGAAAUAACCAACUGGGAUAAAGACAAUGUAGACUUGAAAUGGACAGCACCAGAGAAAGAUGGAGGAUCCCCCAUUACUGGUUAUGUUGUCGAGUACAGAGACAAAUUUUCAAAAAACUGGAAUAAAGCUUUGGAAGUACCUGCAAACCAGUUAUAUGGAAAGAUUGAAAGUUUAAGUGAAGGUGUACAGUAUGAAUUCAGAGUACAUGCUGUUAAUAAUGCCGGCCCUGGUGAUCCCAGUGAUCCAACCAAACCACUUAUAGUGAAAGCUAGAUUUGUUAAGCCUUACAUCAUUGGUGACGAGUUGAUCAACAUUACCAUGAAGAGAGGACAACCUGUGAAAUAUGAAAUACACUUUGAUGGGGAUCCUUCACCAGAGGUUGUGUGGCAACUAAAUGAUUCGGAAACCAGACCUUUCCACAGAAUAUCUAUUGAGAACACCAAUAAGAAUACAAUCAUUGUGGUCAAAGACUCCACUCGAGCAGACAGUGGAAAGUACAAACUGACCUUGACUAACACUUCAGGAAGUGUAUCCUCCAUAGCAGAAGUGACGAUCAUAGACAAGCCAACACCUCCAGAAGGACCACUGAAGAUAGAGGAAGUAUGUGCUGAUCAUGUCAAGCUGAAGUGGAAGAAGCCUAAGGACACAGGUGGCCAGGACCUCAAGGAAUACCUUAUUGAAAAAAUGGAUACAGACACUGGAAGAUGGAUUCCUGCUGGUGAGGUUGGGCCUGAAAAGACGGACUUCAAAGUGGAGGGAUUAACUCCUAAGAAAAAAUACAGAUUCAGAAUUAAAGCUGUUAACAAGGAAGGGGAGUCAGAACCUCUGGAGGGUGAUGAACCAGUUGUUGCAAAAAAUCCUUAUG